AUGAACUGCGCAGUAAGCUCAGAAGGUCGCUGUCCGCAUGCCCGUUGGUUUCACUACUAUUGUUGCGAGAAGAUUUGCGACGCCUGCGUUCAAGAGCCGGCCAACAUUGAAGCUGCAAAAAUCGGCUUCGCUUGUCAACAGUGGGGAGACCAUCGUGUUGCUGUGCCUCUGCAAUACAUGCCAUCUCACUCGAGAGGCGCCCUCUCGCAAGGUAGGGUUGAUGCUAACGGGGAACCAGUAGGCCCUCAUCACCACAGCGACACCUUCAGUACCGAUGCUCAGGCGAGUAGCAGCAGCAGCCAGUCCCAAGCGUUGAGUUCAGGAACUUCCGGUAAUGGGCCAGAGAUGAUAUCGCGACUGCGUAAAAAGCCUCUAGCAGUCAACAGGAUGUAUGGAAGCCUGAUGUUGCCUCCUCCGAAUUCACUCUACGCAAAAGUCAUCGGCCUCGAACGUAAAGACAACUAUUACACUAACUCUUUCGACGCCGUAGGUUUUGGCGGCAGGACCCGGGAUUCGAGUGAGCUCUGGAAUCGCGUCAGUCCGUAUGGCUCCAUUGGGGCUGAGAUGGACAUCUACCGCAACGCCCGACUUACACUACCGCCCACACCUGAGUUUCUUGGACAUAUUUCGGAAACCGUUCAAGCUUCUAUUAGGGCAUCUGAAGCUCACGGAGGGCAAAUGAGGGCCCCCAGUCCCGUUCCCCGCCCUUCUAUGAGCCAGGAGGAACUUUAUGCGAGAGGUUUGGCAGAUAGCUGGGUACAGAAGCGUCAAGGUCGCAAUUGA